UUCCGCCCGCCUUUCGCUCGUGGUGCAUCUUCGUGCUUUUCCCGGGUUUCUGUUUUCACGAAGGAGGAGGCCGGAGCCGAACUCAUUUCUUGCCAAGAUGUCCAUUGGUGUGCCAAUCAAAGUCCUCCACGAGGCUGAGGGCCACAUCGUGACUUGUGAAACAAAUACUGGAGAAGUGUACCGUGGGAAGCUCAUCGAGGCAGAGGACAACAUGAACUGCCAGAUGUCGAACAUCACUGUCACAUACAGAGAUGGCCGCGUGGCACAACUGGAGCAAGUAUACAUUCGUGGCAGCAAGAUCCGCUUUCUGAUUUUGCCUGACAUGCUGAAAAAUGCACCCAUGUUAAAGAGUAUGAAAAAUAAAAACCAAGGUUCAGGUGCUGGCCGGGGAAAAGCUGCUAUUCUGAAGGCCCAAGUGGCUGCAAGAGGAAGAGGACGUGGAAUGGGACGUGGAAACAUCUUCCAGAAGCGAAGAUAAAUUUAUUUGUCGAACUGAACUCUGCUCAUAUUUUUUCACUUAGGUUAUCUGGGUUUGGGGGGUAUAUGCUUCUGUAUAUGUUCUAAGUUUUCUUGUAACAUCUUUCUCUUUAGACCAGGGAAAUGUUUAACUAAAUAAAUAUGGUUGCUUUUGUUUUUCUUUUUGAAAAAAAAAAAAAAAAGAA